AUGUGGAAACACUAUCUGCUGAUCGCAGCUUGCUCAUUCGCCUAUUGGACAACAGCCUGCGCUGCGAAACACAACAGCUACGGCACCGCGGCCAGCACUGAAGUAGUAUCCGCACCACCUUCAGUUCCAACUAUACAGUGGACUGGUGGACAAUUUGAAUUUCCUGGCUCAUCGCGUUCGCUUUUCAAAAGUUCAGGCAAGUACAUUUCGAAAAAUGUGAUAGCGACGCGCGCGCAAAUAGUCGGCGAUACCGUCUUUCUAGCGCUGCCGCGCUACAAGCAUGGCGUACCCGCCACACUCGCAAAAACUACGCUAAAAUCGGGCGCUUGCCAAACGACGCUUGCGCCCUUCCCCUGCUGGGACAUGCAGGACGACAGCACAUGCAAGGGUUUCCAGUCGGUUGUUGAUUUAGUUGUCGAUCAAAAUGAGGUGCUCUGGGUGUUGGACACAGGCAUUGUGAAUACAUUGGAGACGCCUGAACGCAAGUGUGCCCCCAAAGUGGUUGCGCUCUCAGUGAAGACGGGCAAAGUGUUGAAAUCUGUCUCGUUGGAGGGUUUAACCUCUCCGAAUUCGCGACUGCAGUAUAUAGUGGUGGACUAUGCGCCCGACGGCAGUUGCUUCAUUUAUGUCAGCGAUGCUGCGAAUCGUGCCAUUAUCGUGUACAACCUACAAGCGGAUCGUGGCUUCCGUGUGGUACUACCAAAAGUGGUCGCCAAUGGCUGCAGAGCGCGUGAUGUGCUCUAUAUUGCAUUGAUACGCAAAGAUUGCGGCACAACGGAGCUGUACUUUACCUAUCUGAGUACCAACAAACUCUUCUCAUUACAAUCGGAGUACUUGCGAAGUGGCGCAGCUGAUGGCCGCAUCAUGGAUUUGGGUAAGAAACCUUCACGCAUGGUUAUUAUCGGCACGGACAAUGGCUCUGCGAUAUUCUUCCGCAAUGAAGGCGACUCAGAGGUCUAUCGUUGGGAUACAUCCACCGCCUUUGUGGAAUCGAAUUUCAAGCCCGUCUAUCGCAGCGACACCUGUCAACUGGCGACACAUGCCGUGCCAGACUACAAUCGCAACACCAUGCGCGUAUUGCAAAGUAAUUUCCCCGAUUAUAUGCAGAAUCGUGUGGGUUGUGGUGCGAUACAGCAGUUAUCUGUAAUGCAGGGAUGUUGGUGA